UUCGCAUUCAAUGUUUACAUGGCAAGAUUAACUUUCUUUGAUUUGUUUUGUUUAAUUGUUAAUUAAUUGUCUUGGUUUUUGUUUAUUGUGUUGCCUUUUAUUGUUGUUUAAUUACAUUUGAUCACCAUGAUUGAUAGUCUAUUUAUAAUAGACAAUUUGGGAGAUAUAUUUCUACAGAAACAUUGGAAGAAAAUUAUCAAUAAAUCUGUUUGUGAUUAUUUUUUCGACUCACUGAAAAAGUACAACAAAACAAAUGUCAAACCGGUGAUUGCAACUCCACAUUAUUUUAUCAUCUCAGUUUAUCGGAAUCAAUUAUAUUUUGUAGCAAUUACCAGUAAAGAGGUUCCUCCUUUAUUUGUGGUUGAAUUUCUUCAUCGAGUUAUCGAUAUAUUUACAGAUUAUUUUGGUGACUGUAAGGAAUCACUGAUCAAAGAAAAUUAUGUCGUUGUCUAUGAAUUACUCGAUGAAAUGCUGGACAAUGGUUAUCCCCUUGCAACAGAAUCAAAUAUACUUAAAGAACUUAUAAAACCUCCUAAUCUAUUAAGGACGAUUGCUAAUACUGUUACAGGAAAAUCUAAUGUAAGUGCAACAUUACCUUCCGGGCAACUGUCAAAUGUACCUUGGCGUCGAGCUGGUGUAAAAUAUACUAACAACGAGGCCUAUUUUGAUUGUACCGAAGAGAUCGAUGCCAUUAUUGAUAAAAGUGGUUCUGUUGUUUCAGCCGAAAUUCAAGGAUAUAUUGAUUGUGGAAUCAAAUUAUCUGGGCUACCUGAUCUGAGUUUAUCGUUUAUUAAUCCACGAUUAUUUGAUGAUGUGAGCUUCCAUCCUUGUGUCAGGUAUAGACGUUGGGAAUCUGAAAGAGUUUUGUCAUUUAUUCCUCCCGAUGGAAACUUUCGUUUGAUGUCUUACCAUAUCGGUGCUCAGAAUAUAGUUUCCAUUCCGAUUUUCGUCCGUCAUCUUAUCUCCUUCAAAGAAUCUGGAGGAGGUAAAAUAGAAAUCAGAGUUGGACCAAAACAAACGAAUGGAAGAACACUCGAUGGUGUUGUCUUGGAGAUUCCGAUGCCAAAGACAGUGUUGAAUGUAAACCUUACACCGAAUCAAGGAAAAUACUCGUUUGAUCCCGUAUCUAAGGUGUUGGUCUGGGAAAUCGGCAGAGUAGAGACCGGUAAAAGUCCUUUCGUCCGCGGUACCAUCAAUUUACAAAGCGGUUCACCUCUUCCAGACUCGAAUCCAACCAUUUUGGUCAAAUUUACCAUUAGCCAAUUCGCAAUUUCAGGUCUAAAGGUUAACCGAUUGGACAUGUAUGGAGAGAAAUACAAGCCUUUCAAAGGAGUUAAAUACGUUUCUAAAGCGGGCAAUUUUCAAGUUCGGACAUGAGACGAUUAAUGUUAAAAGCAUUGAUAAUGUUUCGCGCUGAUUGUUUUAAGAAAAACGAUCACAGUAGAUCAACAUUGAGAAACUUUAUCAAUUGUUAUAAAUCUAUGAACUUAUUGAUGUUUUGAUUGAAGAAAACAAUUUAUGUAUCAACUUUCAUGAAUUCCCUUUGAUAAUAAAUUUAUUAAUCUAUUUUUUCUUAA